AUGCGGGCGGCGCCGCGGCAGCCGCGCAUCAAGCGCGAGUGCGAGCAGCCGGGCCGCGAGCCGACCGAGGAGGGGCGCGCCGGCGCCCGGUCGCCCUCGCUCGCCGCCUCCGUCGAGACGAUCGUGUCGGACGCGCCGCCGGCCGGCCCCUACCUGGCUGUACCCGGCUCCUACUGGCCCGUGCGACAGAUGUCGUCGCCGACACCGGUGCUUUCAACACGUGAAGGCACGCUGGUGAAGCAGGGCUCGAUGCCGGCCAGCGCCAGCGCGUCGCACGCCGGCCCGGCCGCCGUCCAGAAGCAGCGCUCCGCGCCCGUGCUGUCGCGCGGCGCUUCCGGUCCCGCAUUCUACAUGGUCAGCGGGUCGUCCAGCACGCCGCUGAUGCCUAUGGUGGUCAGCCAGAGCCAGUCGGUGCCGCAGAUCCUGCUGACCUCGGCGGACGAUGCGGCACCGGCCGAGCGCUCGCUGGGCUGCCGUUCGCACGCGCCGGUGCUGCGUGACGGCCCGGCCGUCUCGUGCUCCCACUGCUGGAACACGGAGUACUCGCAGGGGCGGACCCUUCGCCGCAAGACAAAGUACAUGUGCCGCGACUGCUCAGUCAGCCUCUGCAUCGUGCCCUGCUUCCAGGAGUACCACGAGAGCGUGACCAAGGCGCCCAUGGUGGUGUCACGUGACCCGUCGAAGACAGGCACCAAGAAGAUCCUGCCCAAGCUGGGGUCGCUCUGAGCGGCCAGCGCGCCGCCGCCCGCCCGCCCGCCCGGGCGCCGUGACACGGACUCAGCGCACCCAGUGCAGAGCCGGCGCCCGCGGAGCAGUCCCAGUCCGGCGGUCGGCGCGUCUGGGUGUGUGUUGGGAAGGGGGGGGGGGGGAGCGGGCGCGCGAGAGCACUGACUGGUGAACACUGAGACCGUGAACGGACCCGGACGCCGCGCGGCCGUCGGCGCCUAACCCGCAUAAUCUACAUUGCCGCGGUGCGCGCCGCGCACUCCAUUCACAACGCAUCGUCGUGUACCUGACCCUGGCCCGACCGCGCCGCAUUUGCCGCGCGUCGCGGGCCCGCCGACGCGAGCGCCCCUGGCGGCCGGCGCGUGAACUUCGCUUGAGUGAUAGUGCUGUGCCAUGACGCGCGCCGCCUGCCGGCGCGCCGGCCGGAGGAAGGGUAUCUCACGGAACGGUGCCGGGUCCGGCCGGCUGCGCCUGGCUUGUUUGGCGUCCCCGGACCGAGCGUUCUCACCUGUAUAUUGUCCGUGGCGCGGCUGUCUGCGCCGGAAUAGCUCACGCAGUUGAGAUGGAUGCAUUCUCUUUUGGAGAGCGUCAUAGGAAAUAGACGUGAUGUUUGUUC